CUUCUCUCUCCUAGCUAAAUCAAUACAAUUCACAUCUCCCAAAUCUCAACUACUACACUUUUGAAGCAAAAGUUUCAUUUAUUGAGAUUCUUUGCCGAUCCAUUUAUUCAUCAAGAUUCACUUGUUUUUCAUAUUUUCCGGCGAGUUAUAAUAUGGAUCAAGAGAUAGAGAUUCCUUGUUUCUUCCUAUGUCCAAUCUCUCUAGAUAUCAUGAAGGAUCCGGUCAUAGUUUCCACCGGGAUAACCUACGACCGAGACAGCAUCGAGAAAUGGCUCUUCACCGGUAAGAAUAACUCAUGUCCGGUCACCAAACAAGCCAUAACCGAGACCGAUCUCACACCAAACCACACUCUUCGCCGUCUAAUACAAUCUUGGUGUACGCUCAAUGCAUCCUACGGCAUCGAGAGAAUCGCAACACCAAAACCUCUAAUCUCUAAGUCCGAGAUCGAAAAACUCAUCAAAGAUUCUUCAUCUUCGUAUCAAAACCAAGUCAAAUGCCUUAAACGGCUAGGUCAAAUAGUGUCGGAGAAUACAACCAACAAGCGAUGCUUAGAAGCCGCAGGAGUUCCAGAGUUCUUGGCAAAUAUCGUCAGCAACUCCGUAGAUACAUGCAACGAUUUGUGUCAUUCAAACACGCUGGAGAGCCGGUUUGAUUCUUCGAGGAGCUUAAUGGACGAAGCUUUAAGCAUACUCUACCAUCUCGACACAUCGGAGGAAGCACGCAAGAGUCUCUUAAACAACAAGAAGGGAACUAAUCUUGUGAUGACGCUGACUAAGAUUAUGCAACGUGGGAACUACGAAUCAAGAGCCUAUGCGACGUUUCUCCUCAAGAAGAUUCUUGAAGUUGCGGAUCCCAUGCAGAUCAUAUUGUUGGAACCUGAGGUUUUCAACGAGGUGGUUCAGAUCUUGAAUGAUCAGAUCUCACACAAGGCAACGACAUCAGCAAUGCAGAUCUUGGUGAUUCUAUGUCCAUGGGGAAGGAAUAGGCACAAGGCUGUGGCAGCUGGAGCGGUCUCUAUGAUAAUAGAGCUUUUAAUGGAUGAAACUUUCUCAUCCGAGAGAAGGAACUCAGAGAUGGCUAUGGUGGUUCUUGAUAUGUUAUGUCAGUGUGCUGAAGGAAGAGCCGAGUUUUUGAAUCAUGGCGCGGCUAUUGCGGUUGUGUCUAAGAAGAUAUUGAGGGUCUCUCAGGUAACUAGCGAGAGGGCGGUUAGGGUUUUGCUUUCCAUUGGGAGGUUUUGUGCUACGCCUUGGCUGUUGCAGGAGAUGUUGCAAUUGGGAGUUGUGGCGAAGAUGUGUUUGGUGCUUCAAGUGGAUUGCGGAAACAAGACUAAAGAAAAGGCGAAGGAAUUGCUUAAGCUUCACGCUAGGGUUUGGAGGGAAUCACCUUGUGUCCCAAGAAAUUUGUAUGCUUCGUAUCCUGCUUGAUUGAUUCUCAUCAGAUACAAAUUCGUAUAAGUUCAUUCAAAAAAUAGAAUGGUUUAUUUUUUGCUCAAAUUCAGAUUUAUUAUUGUGUUUGUUAUAUCUUUCAAAGUUCAUCAUCAUGUAGAUAACAGUGGGGAUUAUUCGUUAUGAAUUUAUGAGAAACUGCAAAGAAAUAAAUGGAAUCACAAGUUACAUGACUA